GACAGAAAGCAAUUAUGCCCUGUUGAAAUUUUGAUACCGCAUUUGAGCUUUCUAGCUUAUUUUUCAAUAGAAACAAAAAAAAAUAUAAUAUGUUUUCUCUUCAAAGAACCAGCAAAAGAUAGAUCAGCAAGGUUGAAAUUUGACAGGCCAAGAAUUUGGAGUCAGCCAACUAGCCAUCAAAAUGACUGUUAUUUUUGUUUGGCAAAAAUCUUUCGCGGGAGGAACUUAAAUAUUUAUCCAAAUAUUCCUUCAUCACAAGCUCCAACCCUGUAUGCUGGACCAAGCGGAUCUGGUCUAAGUCGCACAAAUGUCUCUGCAACUGGUGAUGCUCGAAGGGUUUCAACUUCAGAUAUGGAAGAACAACAAGUGGCAGCAGCUGAACAGAUCGUCGAUCAUACUUCAGAAAACGUUGCAUCAAGUGUUAAUCAGAAAUUACGGCCUGUUGACAAUGGCAAACCAGAGAUGCUUUGGCGAUCUGAUGACUGCAAUCAUCAUCCAGAUGAUUUUUGUUACAUUUGUGGUUACUUUAUUACCAGGACAACAACCAAACAUACAUUGCGAAAAGAUACCAAGUUAUAUGAAGCAUACAAGCAAUAUUUCAACAUCGAAGUCGAACAUCAAGAUAAACAGUGGGUGCCACAUUAUGCCUGUCAUAAUUGCACAAGACGGUUGCAUGGUUGGUACCAAGGAGAAAACAGAUUAAUGGAAUUUGCUGUGCCUCGGAUUUGGCAUUCACCUUCAAAUCAUCAAACCGACUGUUAUUUUUGUGUUGUGAAUUUGGCUAGUGGUCAAAAAAAGUCAACUUACCCUGAUAUCCCUUCAUCACGUGCGCCAAUUCCACAUUCCGCUGAACGCCCCAUACCUCAACGUACCUGUGAAACGGCUGUUAGUACCACUACAAUAUCGACAGUUAGUGGAAGUUCUGUCCCAAGUAGUGAGUCUUUACAACUUCAAGGAGGAGUGCUCAAUAUUCCACAUUAUCCGAAUCAAACGGAAAUAAAUGAUUUGAUUCGUGACCUUGCACUCCCUAAAAACAAAAGCGAAUUAUUGUUAUCUAGGCUGAAGCAAUGGAGUUUGCUGGAUGAAUCCGUCAGAAUAACAUCCCAGAGAACUCGCGAUGAAGAGUUUUCCUCCUAUUACACCAGCGAAGAUGGAAUUUGCUUUUGUAGAGAUAUCGAGGGUGGGUAUUUCUAUCUAUUCGGAUGACAACAGCAUCAAAACGAAGAAAACUGUAUCUCUUUUUUUGCAGGUCUAUUUUCUGAAAUCGGCAUUCCAUUGAUUGUAAGAGACUGGCGGCUCUUUAUUGAUGGCUCUUCAAAAAGUUUGAAGGUUGUGCUACUGCACAACCGCGUAAAAAGCGAGCAGUACCCAUCUCUACCCAUUGCACACUCCAUUCUCCUGAAAGAAAGUUAUGCCACAACAAAAUUGUUAUUCAACAAAAUUCAGUAUGAAAAAUUUGGUUGGGAGGUAAUAGGCGACUUUAAAAUGAUUGGUUUCCUAAUUGGAUUACAAGGAGGGUAUACUAAAUUCCCUUGUUUCCUGUGCCUGUGGGACAGCAGAGACACAGAGAACCACUAUAAAAUUAAAAAUUGGGAAAUCAGAGCCCAAUACAAAAUCGGCGAAAAAAAUGUUAAAAACGAUCCAGUAGUGAACAUGGAAAAAAUUUUAAUGCCACCUCUUCAUAUAAAACUUGGUUUGAUUAAGCAAUUCGUGAAAGCAUUGAAUAAGGAUUCGGAAUCAUUUAAGUUUAUAACAAAACUGUUUCCGAAACUUUCCGAGGCAAAAAUAACUGCCGGUGUUUUUACAGGACCACAAGUAAAAAAACUUAUAAAAUCGGAAUCGUUUCCGAAAUUAUUGAAUGAGAAAGAAAAGGCAGCCUGGAAAAGCUUUCGAGAUAUAGUUCAAGGAUUUUUAGGGAAUAAUCGUGAUCCAAGAUAUGAGGCCAUAGUACAUGAACUGAUGAAAAAUUUUGAAACCAUGGGGUCGAAUGUCACUAAAGGUGCACAUUCUUCAUUCUCAUUUGGAUAAAUUUAAAGAAAAUAUGGGUGUAUACUCAGAGGAACAAGGCGAACGUUUUCAUCAAGAUAUAAAACAUAUGGAGCAACGAUAUCAGUGCCAAGCAACAUCGAAAAUGAUGGGUGAUUAUGUGUGGAGUCUCAUGCGAGACACAACAACGGAGUAUACGCGUCAACCUAUUUCGAAAUUGCAUUUUUAAGUAUAUUAUAGUAUGUUAUUUUUCAAAUAAAAAUGUGUGCAAAAUGUGUAUAUUCGAAAUAUAUUUCCUAAAAUGUCUCAUUCGCA